AUGACACAAGGUUCAGACGGACAAGAGAACUAUGACACUACCACUGGUACACUUACUGGUAUUGAGAGGCGGCUGCUGGGAGCGAUCUUGACGUUGAUUUGCAUCGGACACCGGGUGACCUCAUCGGAGCUGAACAUAUUUGGCGGCCAAGGCAUCAGAGAUGCGCUCGCCGAACGCGAUCUGAUGGAAGCGAUCCAGAUACCGCUGCAGAACGGGGUCAAGUUCGUCGAUGGACUGGACGGGUUUCCGGCGUUUGGCGUCACCAGCGAGGCGGACAUCAAGUCAACCUACAAGCUCAUCCUCUCGGAUCACCUGCAGGACUUCACCAUCAUCGCUACCGUCAGACCGCAGUCCAGCUCCGGGGGGUGGGUGUUCAGUGUGGUCAACUCGCUCGACACCGUUGUCCAGCUCGGUUUGCUGCUCGAGCCGACCGCCGCCGGUGACCAGUGGAACGCGACGCUCUACUACACCGACGCCAAAAAGGAACGCACCAGCCAACCGUUGGCCUCCUUCCAAGUGCCGUACGGUCGCAGCUGGAUGAAGAUGAUCUUCAAGGUGCUGCCGGACCAGGUCGUCUUCUACUACGGCUGUCUCGAGACCGGUGUCAUGUCGGUCAAGAAGGAACCACGUAAGUUAGUGUUUGACACCGCCUCGACGGUGUACAUCGGCCAGGCCGGCCCCAUUCUGAAGCGGAAAUUCGAGGGAACGUUUCUGUUCCUGAAGAUCUACGGCUAUCCGGAAAUCGUGAAAACGCACUGUAACCGAACAUCGUUGCCAAUCGACGAAGAGUCUGAGCAAAACGAUGAUUUCGGUGAAGACUUUAAUUCCGAAAUUUUGUACGAUCAAAGUGGUGAUGAUGAUGGAGGCUUCAACGAGCCGCCGAUGAUUUCGCCGCCACCACCCGAAUACGGCUACCGGUUGAAGGGUGACAAGGGUGAGCGGGGCAUCAAGGGUGAGAGCAUCCGGGGGCCACCGGGACCACCCGGCCCGCAGGGACCUCCGGGACCACCGGGUCCACCGGGAGCUGCUGGACCCAAGGGCGGCGGGUACUUCGACAACGAUGGAUCCGGCGACGAGCUGAAACGAUUGUCGCAGCUCUACGACACACUGCCCAACCGGAAGUACCCCGGUCAGUGUUCGUGCAACGCGACGCUCAUCAUCGAGGAGCUCAAAAUGGACAGCAAGCUUCGCGAGUACCUCCGCGGGCCUCAGGGAAUGCCCGGCAAGGAGGGCAAGACGGGAACCCCCGGUCUGACGGGUGUCACUGGUCCGCAGGGCGAGCGUGGCCUCCCCGGUCCCAAGGGCGAUAAGGGGGACCGCGGUGACCAGGGCGCCGCCGGAUCGGAGGGUCUACAGGGAAGCAAGGGGGAACCGGGGUUGGAUGGGGCUCCGGGCGUACCGGGGCCCGCCGGACCACCGGGACCUCCGGGCCUUCCGGAGAACUACGAUACUAAUUGGAAUCCGUCGCGGAUGUUCAAGGAAUCGAUGCUGGGGUCACCGAUCCAAGGGAUGCGCGGUGGAUCGCCCGGACUGAAGGGGGAACCGGGCGAGAAGGGCGAGUUCGGAUUCCCGGGCGAGAAGGGCGAACACGGCACCAAGGGGGACCGCGGAGAUCCGGGUCUGACCGGUGCCAAAGGCGAACGGGGCCACCAAGGAUCGCACGGACAGGCAGGCCCGAAAGGACCGCCCGGUACUCCCGGCAUUCCAGGGAUCCCCGGCCAAACGGGAGCUUCCGGGCCGAAAGGCGAAAAAGGUAACACGGGAGAGCUAGGCCCGGCCGGACCACCUGGUCCUCCAGGGAUGGUCAUCCACUCCGAGGGCAGUUCCAACAGUAGCUGCCAGUGCCAGGCGGGACCACCCGGACCUCCGGGACCCCGUGGGCCGAACGGUUUCGACGGAAGCCCCGGGCUGCCGGGCGAAACCGGCCUUCCCGGGCAUCCGGGUCUGCCUGGGGACAAGGGCGAACGGGGCACAACGGGAGCGAAGGGCGAGAAGGGCCCUGAGUUCAUCAUCAACGAAAACGUGGCGUUCAACUCCUCGCGGGCCAACAAAGGCGACAAAGGCGAACGUGGCCAGCGGGGACGGAGGGGAAAAACGGGCCCACCGGGUCCGAUCGGGCCACCGGGUAAACCGGGCGGCAUGGGCGAAACGUGGCCGGGACGACAGGGCCAGAAGGGCGAUCCAGGACCGAAAGGAGAAAAAGGAGACAGCCUAGCGUUACGCGCCUCGAAAGGUGACAAAGGAGACCGCGGAAUUGACGGGCGCGACGGAUUACCGGGACCACCCGGGCUACCGGCAGCUUCCGGUGAUGGCGGCGUACAGUACAUCCCGAUGCCAGGACCACCGGGCCCACCUGGACCGCCGGGCCCGCCCGGACUAUCGAUCGUCGGCGAAAAGGGUGACCCGGGCAUGGACUCGCGGAGUCCGUUCUACAGCGACUCACAGCACUUCUACGGACGUCAGGGAGGCCGGUCCAGUUUGGAUGAGCUGAAGGCGUUGAGGGAACUGAAACACCACAAGGACCACUACGAAGACAGCACACCCGGACCUCCAGGGCCACCGGGUCCACCGGGGCCGGCAGGACGACCCCUGCACGACAGUGACGAGAUACCAAGCGCUUACGGGCCUAAUGUACGCAUCGUGCCAGGAGCCGUUACGUACCAGAAUGCAGAAACCAUGUCAAAGAUGUCUUCUACAACUCCGGUAGGGACGCUCGCCUACGUCAUUGACGAAGAAGCACUGCUGGUGCGAGUGAACAAAGGCUGGCAGUAUAUUGCGCUCGGAACACUGGUGCCGAUAGCAACCCAGGCACCACCAACAACCACUGCCAUCCCACCGCAACGUUCGGACCAGUUGCAGGUAUCGAAUCUCAUCAACAACCUUCCCCAAGCGGGAGAAGGUUCAUCGUUCACCGCCACACCGGAGUAUGAGUCGUUGCGGAUGGCGGCACUUAACGAGCCGUACCCGGGCGAUAUGCAGGGCAUCCGCGGUGCCGACUUCGCGUGCUAUCGUCAGGCCCGCCGGGCCGGUCUCCUGGGGACAUUUAGGGCUUUCCUGUCGUCGAGAAUCCAAAACCUGGACUCGAUCGUACGAAUAGCAGAUCGUGAGCUGUCUGUGGUAAACACCCGCGGUGACGUGCUGUUCAACACGUGGAACGGAAUCUUCAACGGCCAAGGAGGCUUCUUCUCGCAAGCCCCACGGAUAUACAGUUUCAGCGGGAAGAACGUCCUCACUGACAUGGCGUGGCCCCAGAAGCUGGUGUGGCACGGUUCCAGUGCGCUCGGGGAGCGUGCUAUAGACACUUACUGCGAUGCUUGGCACUCGCCGUCGCCGGACAAGGUUGGUCUGGCCAGUAGUUUACUUGGCAAUAAAUUACUAGACCAGGAACGGUUUUCCUGUGAUAAUCGGUUCAUAGUGCUCUGCGUUGAGGCGGUACCACAGGACCGGAGGCGAAAACGAAGGGACACUAGAAGCCAACAUGAGUUUGCCAAUGAAGAAGAGUACAGACGAUAUCUGCAUAGUAUCGUCGCGGUGUAAAGAUAAGAGAAAUUCGCAUAGAAUUAAAUUUUCCAAAUACUCAUCACACAAAAGCCGUCGUUACCGUAAUAGCGAAGGAUGUCCACCGUCAUCAUCGUCAUCGUCAUACUGAAGCAAACACAUCACAAACUUCCCGUUUAUCCGGUCCGGUCGCUCGAAACACAUUCGUGCAGGUUGGAAGCGCUGAUUGGAAACUACUAGAAAUGAACUUAUGAACCCCGAAAGAGUGGGAACAGUACCACAUGUUCCAGAGGACGCGUCGAGUAAUUAGGGAAGUGCCAGUGCGGAUAGCUAAGGACACAGCAAACGGGAGUGGGGCAUAUAUUUUAAGAAACGGUCGCCGGAGCAGCCAUCGAUAACAUUGAAACUGAUUUAAGAACUAAUGAUAAUAAGUAAUUUUAACGGAAACCGUGGUCUAUUUUUUCGAAUUGAUUUUUUAUAUCCUAUUUUGUGCACACUUGUACCAUAAGAAAAGGCAUACAAACAGUGAAGGAGAUAAAUUAAACCAUUUUAGCGCGUAAGAACAGUACAACGGAUGUGUUAGAAGGCGUCAAAUGUUAGCAAUAAAACUGGGGGCUGGCCGGCUGAGCGCGCUAACACGAGAUUCAAUUAAUGCUUACUAAACUAAAAGUCUAACCGUGUCAACAAAAGUCAAAUUCCGAGUCGAUACACUACCGAACUCUUGUCACGUUGAUAGUCAAAUUAAUGCCACAGUCAUUGAUUUUAUUAGUGUGUACUUACACUUAGCGAAUCGCGAAGACGCUUAGUUAACGAUAUAAGUCUCACCGUUGUUGGGAGGCAGGUUUUUAUCCGAAUUAAACAGCAACAUAUUGUAAGGCGCAGUACGCUGAAUGAAAACCAAAUGCAACUGUCUUCACUUUGGAGUCUAAGCACAACUCGUUAUGCCUAAAUUAUCACUCUAUGCGCAACCAUCUUGAGUCACGUUUCGUUUCACUACGCAACACAACUCAUCCGUUAGAAAAGGGGAAAACGGGCAACCCGUCGAAAAACUUGCGCAUCGUGCGCGCAAGCGAACAAUAAUGAAACGAAACCAAUAGGAGCAACUAGUUAAAUUGAAGACAAAAUCGUGUUGUGAAUAUGAUGGUAAAAUCUAGCAGCAAUUUACAGGAGCAUUUAUGUCUGCAACAUCAAUGUGGCCGGACGUCACUCAGCCAAGUUCAACUUAUGCGUUGUGGAACUAAACAUUUCCGGUUUCAUUUCUCUCCAGUAACAUCACUUCUUCUUACCCGAUAGUAUUUAAACUACUUUCUAAGUUUUAUUUCAAAAGGCAAAAAAACUCGUAUUUACUAACAAAGGAAGGGUACAAGCCAUCGGCGCCGUUUUUAUGCAGCUCGUCCUGGUGGCAGAAACGUGAAAAUAUUGAAGCCAACGUACAAGCUUUGUGCAUAUUACAUAGCUAAUGAGUUUAACGAUUGUUUCCGUUUAUUUUUUGUUAAAACUAUGGGCGUAGAAUAUAAGCAAUUUUGGAGUCAAGAUAACGGUGUGGAAAAGAUCCGAAUGUAAUCAACUGUUACGGUACCCGGAAGAAGGAGAACUGAAAAUUGAC